GGUGAAUUUGUGGGAACCUUCCUAUUCUUGUUCUUCGGUUUUGCUGGCACCAAGAUUGCGAACACAGUGGGUGGUGAUCCGGCUUCCCGGCUCAUGUAUAUCUCCCUAGCCUUUGGCUUCUCCCUAGCGGUCAAUGUCUGGGUAUUCCUUCGUGUCAGUGGUGGCCUCUUCAAUCCAGCUGUCACUGUCGGUCUUGCACUGGUGGGUUCGAUUGGGUGGCUGAAGGCGACUGUGCUCGUCGUUUCGCAGGUUGUCGCAAGCAUUGCUUCCGCCGCGGUCGUGUCAGCAUUGUUCCCCGGUUCCCUCGCAGUCCGAACGACUUUACGCCCGACAACAUCCAUUGUUCAAGGCGUGUUGAUCGAGAUGAUUUUGACGGCUGAACUCGUAUUCGCGGUCUUUAUUCUGGCUGCCGAAAAAAGCGAGGCCACAUAUCUUGCCCCUAUUGGCAUUGGUCUAGCUCUAUUCAUAGCUGAGUUGACUGGUGUCUAUUUCACAGGCGGCUCGCUCAACCCAGCACGAUCCUUCGGUCCAGAGGUUAUUCAUGCAAGAUUCGAUGGCCAUCAUUGGAUCUACUGGGUAGGCCCAUUGCUCGGUUCAGUACUGGCAGUCGUCUCCUACCGCCUCAUCAAAUUCCUCGAAUACGAGACAGCG